UCAGUCAAGAAGCUGUUUGGAGAUAAAUAGUGAAGAAGUCAUAUCAUGGCGAUCGGGAUCGUUUUGUUGUAUGCUUGUGGGUUUAUAGCAGGUGUGGGAGGUUACGGAGACCUCAUGAUAGGCACCAUAGGUCAGGUCCGCAAUGGUAUUACGGCACCAAAUGGCAUACAAUAUCUGGCGUCCCGGAUUUCUGAGGGCACCGGAUGCAUCAUCUCCAUCUCAAACAACGGAGACGGGACGCUGCGGGCGCCGCACUGGGACGUUUUUGAGGGGGAGGUGGAAGGAAGUGUGCCGCAAGAGAUUGGACCCAGGCAAUCAGUGGCUCUGAAAUUCCACAAGUCAAAGAUAGGUAACCCCAAGAAUAUUUUCGAGUCCUCCUCCGGUAUCAUAGGGUGCACUGUUAAAGGGACCGCCCACACUUUGGUAUUUGGAUGGGAAGUGCCCCUGUUUCACGCCAAUCAUUUCAGAUUUCAGGUAUUCCACAAAUACGUGCACGCCUCGAGGGAAGUUUACGACGAAAUCGAGUCCAGAUACAACGUUACAGAAACUCGCGUCUUCAAGCAAAAGGACUUCGGAGGGCUAACCGUGCAGGGGGCCAUGACGAACCGCAAGCAAGCGGAGCUCUACAUUUUCCUCGAUUAUGACCAAAGAGAAUUCGAGCUCGCCGAAAAGUUGGAGAAAUAAUUAAAUGAGAAAUGAUAUGACAUGCCAAAGACGGUGUAUUUCACGUUUGUUUUUAACUUCAGUUUUGGAACAUAAUCCGACUUUAAACUAGGUUUGGCCAGAAAAGCACAGAAACAACUUGGAUAUCGGCGGAUUUUUAAUUUAAAUUACUCUUAUUGCCACUGUUAUUACUACUUCUCGUUUAGUACGAAUAUUUUCUAUGACCAUUGUUAUUUUAUUCAUUCAUUUCACUUAA